AGUUUGGUUAAUCAAUCAAUGCCGAAUGCAGGUCAAGUACGUAUGACGCUACGCAAAGCGUUGAGUGUUUGGGAAAGUAACUCCAAACUGACAUUCCGUGAAGUGUACAGUGAUCAAGCAGAUAUACAAGUAUUAUUUGCCAAACGUGAUCAUGGUGAUGGCUAUAAAUUUGAUGGUCCUGGUCUAAUUUUAGCACAUGCCUUCUAUCCAGGUGGUGGUCGCGGCGGUGAUGCUCAUUUUGAUGAUGAUGAAAAUUGGGCCGUAACACCAGAACAAUUGAACGAAGAGGAAGAGGAUAGAGGCACUGAUUUACUAAAUGUAGCCGUACAUGAAUUUGGUCAUUCCCUGGGCUUGGGACAUUCCUCCGAUCAAAAGGCUAUAAUGUUUCCCUGGUAUCAGGGUUAUCAAGUUGGCAGUGAUUUACCCGAUGAUGAUCGUACCGCCAUACAAGAACUCUAUGGUUCUAAGGUCAAAAUCUGGGGCUCUUAUAAACCGCAACCAAGACCAACAACUACCACCACCACUACUACUACGACCACAACAACUAUGAGACCUUUAGUUUAUUAUCCACAAAAUAAUUAUCCGAAUCGUUACUAUCCACAAAAUAAUCCCUAUCCAAAUAAUCCACAACAUUAUCCUACUGAUCGUAAUAGACAUCAUCAUCAGCAUCAUCGCACCCAACAUUAUCCAUAUUACAAUAAUAACAAUACACCCUCACGAUCGUAUCCCUACCCGGAACAAAGGCCAACUACAACAACAACGACUACAACAAGACCGACAACUACCACUACUACGACAACAUGGCGACCAAGAACUCAACCACCACAACGUACACCACCGAAACCGACUAAACGUCGCAUAACUCAUCCCACAAAGCCGAGAAAAAUGAAACCCGAUAACUGUAUGACCUCAUAUGAUGCCAUUUCAAUGAUACGUGGUGAAUUGUUUAUAUUCAAGGGACAGUUUCUUUGGCGCAUAGGUGAUAGAGGUCUAUACCCUGGUUAUCCCACCGAAACUAGACGUUUAUGGACUCAAUUACCCGAACACUUUAAUAAAAUUGAUGCUGUCUACGAAAAUCGUCAACGACAAAUUGUAUUCUUUAUAGGACGUAAAUACUAUGUAUUCGAUUCGGUUACCCUGAUACAAGAACAACCUUUGACUUCACUGGGCUUACCCUACUCACUUGAUCACAUAGAUGCGGCCUUUAUAUGGGGACACAAUAAUCGUACUUAUCUAUUUAGCGGCACCUUGUAUUGGGGCUUAGAUCGUGAUACGGGCCGUGUUGAAUUAGAUUAUCCACGUGAUUUGUCUAUAUGGGCUGGUAUUGGUUACAACAUUGAUGCUGCCUUCCAGUAUACCGAUCACAAAACGUACUUCUUUAAAGGCAACGGUUACUGGGAGUUCAGAGAUGAUCAAAUGCGUGUGGCUCAUCCACGUAAAAUGUCUUCGGCCUAUAAAUGGAUGAAAUGUCCGCGUAGAUCUAACGAUAUAGAUGAUGAAUUUACGCGAACAGCACCAUUGAUUUCGGAAAAUGAUAAACCUGAUUAUGAUACAAGUAAAUCGCAGCAGAUUACAGGGUCUAUUAUAAUAUUAAUUGUUUGUUCGAUGUAUUCUCUACUAUGGAGUUAGAUUUUAUGCUAAAAUAUUAAUAAUAGUUAAAAAAAAAACAACACCUAAGCAUAUAGUUAAGCCCGAUAAUAAUAGUUAGAGCGAGUAAGAGUGAGAGAUAAAAAUGAAUCAAAUUUAAUUACUGAAACACACACACACACGCAUACCUAAUACCCUACAUCUAUACAUUUAAGACUAAAGAUGAUCUUAUAAGAUAUAAACAAAAUAAAUAUAAAAUUAUUAAUAAUAAAAAUUAUAGUUAAAUAUAUAUAAACAAUUUUUAUAAAAAUUAUCAAAUGUAUACACAAUUUUAUUAGUUUAUUUUUUUAAUUAUAUGAUUUAAUUUAAUUUUACUACAAAAUUCCAAAAAAUUUUAGGUUGUUUACAGUUUUAGUUAAUAUAUUAGAUUACAUGUGUAAUAUAUUAUGGAAAACUGUGAAUAGCCUAAAUAAAUAUCAAUUAAUCGGUUUUUAUUUAAGUUUAUUUUAAAAAUAUUUUAGGUAAAAUACAACUUUUAUUAGACUUUUUUAACGGGUCCACUAACUUCCCACAGAUUUUUACUUUUAUUAAGUUCUUUAACAGUUAUAUCAAAUAUAAAAUAUUAUUUAUAUAAUUUUCAAAUAGAAUUUCUUUCAAAAAUAUAAAACUUAAAGUAUUUCAAAUACUGCCAUAUUUAUAAAUAGGUACCGAUCUUAUAAUUUAUUUAUCACAACUACAAAUGGGCACAAUUGUAUAAUUUUUCAAAAUUAAUUGAAAUUAAAUACGCAAAUUUGAUUCGUAGAUCUAUAAGAAUCGAUCUAAGUUCUUGAAGAGUUGAGAUUAUAUAACAUCAUUUUCUAAUUGAAAAAUUAAAAAGAUCAGAUCACAUAUAUAUCUUUUUUCUUCAGAUAUUUCUAUACCCAAUAUCAAAAAAGAUGUCAUUCCAGUCAUAUCUAGACCCAUAAAAGUAUAGAGAGUUUUUUCAGCUCCAUAGACCUUCAUGCACAUUCUCAGCGUACAAUUUUUACUACAUUUUCGAGCAUUGCUUCCCGUAUGUCACAAUAAUGGCCUUGACGUCUUGGAGGUUUCUGGUUUAACUUAUAAACUAUAGACUAUACAUGGUCCUACAGAAAAUUAUCAAAAGGUGACAAAUCAUACGAUAUUGGCGUCCAUUUAUUAGGUCCAGAUCAGUGUCAUUCAUAUUAUCAAACAAAAAAUCACUGAUCAUGGUGCUAUAACGAUCACCAUUGAGCUCAACUCGAGCUCUGGCUUAAGUUCUGAAGAAAUAAGGUCCUAUAAGCAUAAAUUUUUCUGCAUGUAAUUGAUCUAGGGCUUGUUGGGAAUUGGUCUCAGUUCAGGUGGCAAUUUCAUUUAUCAGCAAAUCCUUUAAGAGAAUUUUGCGUAAAACUCGAUUCCGAUGUAGAUGCCUGAUUUUCGAAGAAAAUUUUGAAUAAUUUAGUAAUGUUGGUAAAGCCCCAAGCUAUUCAUGAUGAAAUGUCAGAAAAGGAGAUUUCGAUUGAAAGUUAACCCGUUUGUAGGCUCCGUUAUGCUUAAAAAAACUUCCGUUAUAUAUUCUUGGUCCUUUUUAGAUGCUCUAAAUAUGAUCUUUAAUGUUAAGCCUUUUCAAAGCUCUGUCAUGCUUACAAAAAAACAUCCGUUAUAUAUUCUGGGUCCAUUUUAGAUGAUCUUAUCUGGUAUGAACGUCUGUCUGUCCGUUGAAAUCAGGGUCCUUACUAGAUGAUCUAGGUAUGAAUGUCUGUAUGUCCGUUUAAAUCACGAUUGGAUCCGAAAGGUACCUAAACUACAGAUGCAGUUUGUUUGGCUA